ACAUCCUGAAUCCUGGAACACUCCGCUGUAACAGUUUUUUUUCAUACACUGACAGGAUCUAGACUAUUCACUGUUUCAGCAUUUGGAAAACGCGCGACUUUUUCUUAAACUUUGAGCAUGGCUGCGGCUGAUGCUCUGACGCCUACAUCUUUCUCCGGUGUUCAAACUAUGGACGUGGCGCAGUUUGACAACGUGGUGAAGAUGGAUGAUCGCGCGCACAGCCGUUCAACAGGUGACAACUCGCUCAUCGAAGUGGAGUUUAGCAUUAUACAGUCUCCUGCUGUAGUGCCUAAAGAAGAUGACGAUCUGGGAAAGUUAUUGGAUCUCGAGUUCAUUUUGUCAAACACGAUUGGUUCCGUAGUUAUGAACAACAGCAACCAAAACGAUGGCAGCCUUUCUCCACCUCAGUGCGCAUACGCACUGCCCGACUCUCCAGACAGCUGCAGUAGUGCCUCAGUCCCAGACUGCAACGACCACUCCACGUCUCCUUUGGGCGCGCAAAAUUACCAGUGCUUCUCUGACGCUCCUGUGCGUAGCCUUAUGGCCGAGUUACUCACACCUGAAGUAAAUUACGCAGUGCCACCAGAGGCCUCACCUGGUAAAGCAAGGGAGUACACUGAAUUGCAUGCUUCUACCACGUACUCACUUGGAUACAAAGUGAAAACGGAGCCUGUUGGACAGUCUUGCAUGAUGGCUUCUGAAGAGGACUAUAUGGGACAGUGUCAAAUACGGCCAACACUUUUCCAUCAAACUCCAGUUCAAGUGCCUUUUCACCCAAUGCAUGGGCGCAGUGACUGUCACCUACAACAGAUGGGCCAUAUUCCCCAGCAUCAGCAGCAUUACCAAAGCCAGUUUGUGAAUGCACACUACCCCCCACAGUUCCACCCCCAGCCCAUACCUCACUAUCCCAGACAGUACAUGCAUAGGGACCAUCAGACGGGUACCUUGCUCACACCACCCUCAUCUCCGUCUAUGAUGGAGUUCUACGGACAGGAGGAGGGAGCGGGUCCAAUCAAGCAAAAGAGGGGACGCAGGUCGUGGGCCAGAAAGCGAGCUGCUACACACAACUGUGAAUUCCCUGGAUGUGGAAAGACAUACACAAAAAGCUCCCACCUAAAGGCUCAUAUGAGAACACAUACAGGUGAAAAGCCAUACCACUGUAACUGGGAAGGAUGCGGAUGGAAGUUUGCCAGGUCAGACGAGCUCACCCGUCACUUCAGAAAGCACACUGGGCACCGUCCAUUUCAGUGCCAUUUGUGUGAACGUGCCUUUUCCCGUUCUGACCACCUGGCUCUGCACAUGAAACGUCACAUGUAGAUCCCAGAGCCCAAGACCACAUCCCCAAUGGGGAGUCAAGCACUACUGGACAGUUUGUGUCUGUGCCACUGGAGGCUGAUGGUCACUGACUGUGGUGGACAAUUAAUAUGGCAUUUCAGCAUCUUGGCUGAAGCACUACAAUUCUGUUACAAUGGCAUGAGUUUUGUCAAGUGCCUUUGUCUAAAGAAGAACAGUACCUAACACUUGCCAUUUUAAAUUAUAGUUUGUAUUUAAACCACAUACCGCUCUCUGCGCGAUAUAAAUUAUUAGCCGUGCCUUGUAUAUGGACAAGCUCAUAGUGGGCUGGACCCAAACGUUUGUAUGUAUAUAUUGUAUAUGUUUAUAUUGUUUACACUUUCUUACUCUUGACAUCAGGGUUUUAUGUACAUUAUGCAUUAAUUUCAGCAAGACCAUCAUUCUUGUUUCACUUUUGUUUUUUAUCCAGCGACAAAUAUUGUGUGUAAAAUAGUUGAAUCAAUGUGCCUUUGGUUUUAAAAUGAAGACAGAUACUGCCAUGACAUGCCAAACUACUUGAACUGAAUGUUUGACAAAAAAUAAAAGUACUUUUUCUAAAUAACACAA